ACUCAAAUACUGGGAAUACCUGGAAACCCGAAAAAUACACCUGCACAGCCAGAACAAGUACAGGGAGUGAGGAAUGUAGAGAUUCCUCCAGUACCUAAUAUAAUCAGAGGGAAUGAAAGGGAGCGAGAAGAAAAUGAUCGGAAAGAACUUGAGAAUAGGUCAAUGAUGAUUCUGAAGGAAUUUCUCAAGCAACGUCCACCAUUAUUCCAAGGAACUACUAAACCUUUAGAAGCUGAGAAGUGGUUAUGA